AUGGUUCAAGCUAUUGUUGUCGCUGAUACUAACUACGAUGAAAAAUCGAAUGAUGGAAGAGGCACGGAUCAAUCGAAGCAUUCAUCCCGCAGUUACACACUUGAAGAAGCGCUUCAAGAAACCAGAAUUGGAAAAUGUCAAUAUAUAUUGACUUUUUUGACUGGUAUAAGUGUGCUGGGCUCAACGAUUGAAAACACAAACAUUAGCUAUAUUUUGCCAUAUGCUAAGUGUGAUUUGAAUCUGAGCACCGAAGAACAAGGACUCUUGAGUGGAAUUUCAUAUUUGGGCAUUGUGUUCACGUCGCAUGCAUGGGGCUUUCUUGCAGACACAUGGGGGCGACAAAAAGUGUUGCAUGCCUCAGCCGUUGGUGCUUUCAUAUGUUCAUUUUUAUCGGCUUUUGCCAUGGACACCAUCACAUUGAUUGUUCUUCGUUUCUUGGCUGGUGCAUUUGCUGCAGGAGCAUCUUCUGGUGGAUAUUCAUAUAUAAGUGAGUUUCACACUGUCGCAACGGCUGCGCGAUCUGCAGCAUUUGUAAGCAUUGCAUUGUCUGCUUUUUGGGUUUUUAUGUCACCAUUGGCCAUAGCCAUCGUUCCAAUGGACUGGAGUUUUUACAUUUUCACAUUGGAAUACAAGCCAUGGCGAUUCUUUUUGACUUGCACAACAAUUAUUAACCUAAUUAGUGCCAUUGUGUUUACAUUCAUGCCCGAGACACCCAAAUUUUUGGCUGCCGUGGGUCGCAAAGAAGAAGCUGUGAAAGUAUUAAGUCGCAUGUAUGCCAUAAACACAGGAGAGCCCAAGGAGAAAUAUCCAGUGAAAAGCAUCGAAAAUGUAACAAUUGGAAAUAAUUUAUCCGAUGCGAAGGGAAUUUGUGACUUCCUCAGUUUAGUGAUAGAGCAAACAAAACCAGUUCUUCAAAAGCCAUUGUUCACAAACACAUGGAAAUUGUGCUACAUUAUCCUUGUAAUGUUCUCGAUCGGACACGGCACUUUCAUGUGGUUCCCAGAUUUUCUAAUGCAAUUGCAACGAUACGAAGGUAUACCAAAAACGCUGUGUGAAAUCGUGGGACCAAAAGCGGUUGUUUCUUCAUCUGCGUAUGUUUGAUGCGUAUAUAGAAUUCCUACCCGAUUCGAUAAUAAUACGAACGAUAAUUUCAUUUCAGGUGUAAUAUCGAUAAAACCAAUAUCUUGCCAUUCCAACUCUUAUUUGUCGUCGGCAUAUGUUUCCUAUCAUUUUCAGCUGUUUCAAGCUUCUACUUGAAAAAGAUCCAGCCCAAGAUAUUGGUUUGUCAGUACAGCAGCGAAAAAUCCUAUCAAAUGAUUAUCGAUUUUAUAUCAAUCCGUGAAUGUUUCUAUUUAUUCUAGGUGCUUGGUUGCUCAUGUCAAUGACAGCUUGUGCCUUGUUGAUUCUUCUAACGGAUUUUUACGCAAUUGUAAUUAGUUUUAUACUAUUUUUGAGCUGUAACGUAUGUUCAAACAUAAUUAUUGCAACCGCCGUGAAUCUAUUCCCUACGAAUUAUCGUGGUA